AUGCCUCCUCACCUCCAGUACGGCUCACCCAAGAGCGCCUCGAGCCCGGAGUCGGCCAAGGCGGGAGCCGCCUCGUCGCCGGACGUCUCCAGCGGCUCCCAGAAGGACUCGCGGAAGCGCAAGAUCUCCCACGAUGACCUCGACGAUGAUGAUCUUCUCGAGGAGGGCGGCAAGCCCGUCAAGAAGACGGCUCACAACAUGAUUGAAAAGCGAUACCGGACCAACAUCAACGACAAGAUUGCCGCCUUGCGAGACAGCGUCCCCAGCCUGCGCAUCAUGAGCAAGAGCGCCAGGGGAGAGGACACGACGGAAGAUCGCGAGGAAUUACACGGCCUCACCCCCGCGCACAAGCUCAAUAAAGCGACUGUGUUGAGCAAAGCGACGGAAUAUAUACGCCAUCUGGAGAAGAGGAAUAACCGACUGAUAGAUGAAAACAGCGCCAUGCAUCAGAGAAUUGCCGCAUUCGAGAAGCUGUUCAUGGCGGGCGCCAUGAAUGGCUCCGUGAAUGGCUCCAUGCCUCCCAUGCAGCAGCCUACACCGACGCAGUAUCCCCAGGAUAGCCAAACACCACAGCAGUCACAGCAGCAGCUAUCGCAGAUGGCACCGUCUCCAAUGGAGACUCCUCAGGAAGCCGGUGGAAUGCCGACUGGUCUCAUCGAGGUUCCAGAGGACAUGAAGCGAAUACUCUCCGCCCAAAUGUCGGGCCAGCCAUACCCCGUUCCUCAGCAGCUAUUCCGCCCCAAUCCGACGGUGGUCGGCCAGCAACAGAUUCGACCAAUGCAGCAGCAGCAGCAGCAGCAGCAACAAGGCCAGCAGGGGACAUGGAGCUCUGCAAGCCCCUAUUUUGGUAAGCUGAUGGUAGGCUCACUCGCCGGACUGAUGAUAUUGGAGGCGGUUCGGGAAGACGAAUCCAGCAGCCAAGAGCCCCAGGGCCGCGGGCUGUUUGCUCUGCCCCUGCAGCUCUUCAGACAUAUACCCUCUCACCUCGAUGUACGAUUUGCGGGAUACGACGCCAUCUCGAUCAAGUUCUUGCUCCUCUUCGGCCUUGUGCUGUGGGUCUUUAUCCCCUCACUAUUCUCGGCCAUGGACCGAACACCCAAGAAGCAACAAUCGGCUGCCGUGCAAUCCGCUCCAUCCUUGGCUUCCCCCAUCGGUGUUCGUCGCCGCGCGUGGGAGACGGCCAUUCAGACGGUUUGGGUGCCUCACCACAACUUCUUCCUCGAGGCGGCUGCGCUGAUGCUCAAGACGCUCAAGCUGAGCGUGCGCAACGUGUUUGGCGUCCACGCCUAUCAUUUGCUGACCGGACUGACUCCCGAACAAGAAGUGGCCCGAGUUCGCGCGUGGGCCACGGCUCUCGAUGCGCAGCUUACUGGAGGAGAUGCCGAGAUUUGCAUGAGCCGUCUCAUCCUCACACUGCUGGCGUCUGGGACUGUGCCAAAUACCCCCAGCGGCCUCAUGCUCAAGGCACUUCACGUCCGUGUGCUCUUGUGGGACCUGAGUCAGAAAUGGUAUCAACUGGGCUUGGUCAACUAUAUCGCCACCAAGAUUGCCGAACGACAGUGGAACGCGGCUCGGGACUUGAACCAGAGACUAACCAACAGCCAUCAACAAGACGAGGCGUGGGAGAAGAAGCGAGCCGAGUACAUGCUGCCCGACCACCUGGCAGUGUUAGUCGAGCAGGAGUGCGACAAGGUCCUUACCCCCGCCGUCAUCCAGCGAGCCCACAACCUGGCCUUUAACGUGGAGACAACUUACAACGCGAUCGCGAUUGACGGCAUGGACUCGGUUGUCGACGAUACAUCGAUUGGGUCUCCCAUGGAUGCUCUCGCAGCGUGGUGGUCGACGGCCAAGGUGCACGACAUUCUCACUACGACACUGUACGGAGACGAAGCCGAGCCGGAUGAAGAAGUGAUGGAACUUGCUGUCAAGGCAGCCCCCUUGGGCUCUCGUGCUCGGGCACGGGCAGUCAUGGCUCGUUCUGUCCUCGCUCAUCAUUCGCGCGGAAGCAACAUCGCAGCCGCUGUUCAGGUCCUUCGCGUCGACGCCGAUGGCGGCAACCUUAUCGAUCCGAUGACCCUGGCAUGCGCCGACGCCAACCCCUUUGCCGGCCGCGCAGCCGCCCCUCCGCCUCAGCCCAAUCUUCCGGAUCCCGACCUUCAGCUUUGCCUACGCUGCGCGACAGCUGCGGCUCAUAUCAAACGAUUAGGUGGCCCGGCUGCCAGCAGCAAGCAGUAUGUCCGCGAGUCCAUCGAAAAGGUCAUAGCCUUGGCAACGAAAACACAAAUGUCUCUCUUGAGCUUUACGUCGGUGAUGGAGGUUCUGGAGCAGAUCCUAGCUCAUAAAGAUACCACAAAUACUUUUGCACCACUGGUGGAGAGGCUAGCUGCCAUCCUACGUCUUUGGAUGGGGAGCCCGCUGGCACAGCAGUGCGGUGUACCGUCCGGAUUACAAGACAAGAUGAUCACUAAAUGCCUGAGGAUCACGAAGAUGGUGGUGGGCAUGGAGGUGGACACAGGCUACGACAGCAUGACGGACAACGAAGGGUUCCGAUGA